CAGUCAGGCGACACGACUCCCAACUCACCCCUCCCCUGCCACCAUUUCUGAUCUCUCUCUCUCUCUCUCUCUCUCUCUCUCUCUCUCUCGCACAUCUGCAUUCUGCAUGGCUUACCAAACCUUCCUCCUCUAAACCAUCCUAGAAUUUUCAGCUGUAUUCUGAAUCCGAUCCAAAACCCCUUUCAUUUUGGUCCCUCACCGCCUCGAUUUCGCUCCUGUUCAUCGUCUUCAACCUCUGCUCCGAUUCCCCCAUUUUCUCCUCGUAAACAUUGAAAUCAAGCCUCGCAUUCUUCUCGUGUUUCCGAAUUGAGCUAAUUCUGUUACUCGGCACACCUGAGGGAUUGUUCGUGACGAGGUGUUUAGAAUGCAAGAAGUUGUAAUUUCAUUCAAGGAUAUUAGUGGCAAGGUAGCUUUGAAUGAGAAUGAGACGGAGAAUGGAUCGGAUUGCCAUGAUGAGGUUAUAAAAGCCCCCGAAACUGGAAUGGUGUUCGACUCGUUGGAUUCCCUUUACGAGUACUAUAGACAAUAUGGCAGACAAGAAGGUUUUGGAGUUAAGAAGAAAACGUCACGUCCUUCGCCUUGUGGGAAAUUGAAAUUCAUGUCUUUGUCAUGCAACCGCGCAGGGAAGUCAAUGUCUCAUAAGCAAAAUUACCUGACUCCAAAUCCACUAACGAGAAUUGAGUGCAAGGCUAGAGUUAAUGCUACCAUGUUUGAAGAUGGAAAGUGUAAGAUAAAUUCUGUUGCACUUAAUCACAAUCAUGAACUGAGUCCAAGUAAGUCUCAAUUUUAUUCAUGCAAUAGGGAAAAAGUUAUAGGUGUACGGAGAAAACUCAAUGAUGAAACAGUGAUUGGCGCGAGGAACACUCAUCAAUCACUUGAAGUUGGAGGCUGUGAUGAUGUCAAAUUACUAGAAAAUGAUUGCGUGAGUUACUCGGAGAAAGGAAGUUGGCUGCAAUUUAGGGCGGGAGACGCUAAAGCAAUCCAGGACUAUUUUGUUCGUAUGCAAAUCAAGAAUUCAAAUUUCUUUUAUAUGGUGGAUAUGGACGAUGAUGCUCGGAUCAAUAAUGUGUUCUGGGCUGAUGCAAGGAGUAGGGCAAUGUAUGAAGAAUUCGGUGACGCAGUUACAUUUGACACAACAUACUUGUCUAAUAAGUAUGAAUUGCCCUUAACAUCUUUCAUAGGGAUGAAUCAUCAUGGGCAGCCAAUCUUGCUUGGAUGUGCAUUGCUAUCAAAUGAUGACCCUGCGACAUUUCUGUGGUUGUUUAAGACAUGGCUUGCAUGUAUGUCUGGACGUGCCCCGACUGCCAUAAUCACAGAUGAACACAAGUCAAUGGCAAAAGCAAUUGAUGUUGUAUUCCCCAAUACUAGACACCGUUGGUGUUUGUCACAAGUAAUGAAAAAGCUACUAGACAGCCUAAAGGGUCACAAAACAUAUGACCACAUAAAAGCAGCAAUGCAAGAUGCUAUUUAUGAUUCUCUGACAAAAGUUGUUAAAGACUUCAAUCUCUGUGAUAAUUCACGGCUAAGUAGCUUGUAUGAUGAACGGAGUCGUUGGGUUCCUGCUUUUUUGAAAGAUGCCUUUUGGGCCGGAAUGUCAACAGCACAACGAGAUGAAAGUUUAAGUCCUUUCUUUAAUGGGCGUGUAAACUCAAAGACGACAUUAAAGCAAUUUAUUGAAGAAUAUGACAAGGCAUUAAGAAACAAGGUUGAGAAGGAACACCUCGCAGAUUUUCAGUGUUUUAGCACAUGGAUCCCCUGUGUGACCCUUUUUGAAGUAGAAAAACAGUUUCAAGUGGCUUAUACUAAUACGAAGUUCAAAGAAUUCCAAAAGGAGUUGACAGGGAAGCUUUAUUGUGAAGUCUCUUGUGUCGACGAGAAGGAUGGAAGAUUUGAUGUUGCUGAGGUUGUAUUUGUUGGAGAAAAACGUAAACAAAUCCAUUUCAGUGUUCAGUUCAAUGCAGAAAAUCGGGAAGUUCAAUGCACUUGUGGCUUGUUUGAAUUUAAAGGGAUCCUAUGCAAGCAUUCAAUCUCUGUUCUCAUGAAAAUGGAAAUCAUAAAUGUUCCAGAAAAGUAUAUCCUGCCAAGAUGGAGGAAGGACUUAAAAAGAUGUCACACACGGGUUAAAGUUGGUUAUUAUGAUGACUGGACUAGCAAUCUUGAGGCACAACGAUAUGAGAAGCUACGAAAGAAAUUUGAUGAAGCUGCAGAUUGGGCCGUUUCUUCUGAUGAUAAAUUAAUGAUGCUGUGGAAUUGCUUAGAUGAAUUUCAGAUGAGUAAAGCGAAACCACUUGAGGGAUGACUACUUCCUCUCUAGAGAGCGACUGCUACUGACUAAAUGAACUCCUGCUGCAAGUUGUGAAAUUCGUGCUGAUUUUUCUGGGACGGUCCGAAUAUUCGAUGGAUGCAUUAAUAUCGUGGUACUGGCUCGUGAUUGGGAUCAGUAAUAUUGUUGCUGCAUAGAUUUAAUAAUCUACUCAUUGUCCAGGAUCAUGGGGAGUGGCGAGGCAGUUGCUCAGAAGCAAGAGUAUUUAAGGAACAUGUGGCUGUAUAUACUAUUUAACCAAAAUCUUUGGUUUUAGAAGUUCUUGUUUUGGUGGUCUGCUACAGAAACCCCC